AUGGUAAAGCACGUUCGUGAAACACCUGAUGAAGUCGUGGACCAGGCAGUUGCGCCAAAUGUGAAUGCGGAAUGGGUAAAUAUGAAAGGUGCAUGGGUGAUUCAUGUGGUGUUGAUUGUGUUGGCGAAACUGAUCAUAAAUGAGGUGCCGGGUAUCUCGGAUGCAAUGAAGUGGACCAUUGUGAAUAUGGGAUACAUGCUUGUUUCGUACUGUAUCUUUCACUAUGUGAAGGGAGCGCCACUAGACCUGAACAGUGGGGCUUACGACGAGCUUACGCUCUGGGAGCAGAUUGAUCAAGGAUACCAAUACACACCUGCCAAGAAGUACCUGACAAGCUUACCAAUAGCCAUGUUUUUGCUAUCGACGCAUUACUCGCACUACAAUCCAUGGCUUUUCUCGCUGAACCUGGCUGGCCUUCUGCUUGUGCUAUUCCCUAAGCUGCCGAUCCUGCAUCGUUUGCGGUUUCUGUUUUUCCCCUCCUCAUCAACAGCCCCAUCCGGCGUCAAUACGCCUCUUCGCCGCCCGUCUGGCUUUAUGGCCUCGUAA